UUGAGGAAAUAGUUAUACGAAUUGAUUAAUAAGCCGUCUGCCUUUCUGCGCAAGUCUCAAUUAUAGAAAGAUUGUAAAUAUCCCCGGGUUUCUGCUAGGGGAGAUGCUGCCAAAGAGCUACCUUCUUGACAAGUAUAAAGACUACCCGGUUCAUAUUUCCUGCCAGCGCACGAAAAAUCAGCUAGUAAUUACUGAUUAACCGAUGGUUGCGAAGUAUUCUCAAAUCAGGUUAUGGCAGUUACUUACCUCGGUCUAUAGUAAGGCAACAUUGCUAGCAGAAUCUUUCCCCUAGAGGACUAACUACGCAGAUCACCUUUGACCUUGCCCCCGUUUGUCUUUGUCCGUUGAAUGAAUAUGACCAAUUCAACAGCGGCACCUCUGACAAGCCUCAGGUUCUUAUUGACAUCCAACCACGACCAGACUGUGACCGGCCUGUUUCAAUGACAGCUGUUGGAAAAAGCGAGGUGCUCAACCUGAGCCUGGGUCCCAGAACCUGGGUUCCUUCUCUCUACUAUGUUCAAGAAUCUGGCCACAACCAUGCGAAGUAGCCCGUUGACACGCCACUCCUGGUAACAGUCAUAAACCGCAGUCGACUAGAACUCGAGCCAACUAGCUGUAGAGUCCUGUGAUAUUCGGUAUAAGUUAUUUCAAACCUUAUGGUUGUAACGUGGGUAACCCACCGAGGAAUAUAUUGUCAGGAAGUUCAGAGGAUACUGUGGCAUCAAGCUAAUGUUCUCCCCAAUAUUCACUUGGGUGCUAGCGUCAGAAGGAGCCUUGUAUGAGAUCUGCAGAGAUGAAAGAUCCCUCUAAAUCCCGGAACUUAUAUUAACCUAAACACUCCAUGAUUGGCUUCCAAUAGCACUGUAGUGCGGCUAUAUAAGCACAUUCAGUCAAGAAGGAGCCUUUCGGGCAGCUUUGAUAGUUAUCCUGUGGCUACAUCCAAAAUUUUGCCUACUACUUCCAAUAAAACCAAUAUUGGAAUCGAGUAGGAGAUUUCUCAGGCUACAUCCACCUAUUUUUGAUGGCCGGUGGCCGAGUCUCCACAAAACCUAGAGAAAGAUCAAUUUUAUUAACUAAUCAACUAGUUAUACAUAACUAACUAACUAGUAACGUCAAACAUAUCCAAAGCCAUUGUUAAGAUACAGUUUACACCUGAACUUCCACUUAACCGGAAGACUUCCAAUACAUUUCACUUCACUUUAACUAGUUAAUGAUUAUGUUAAAGGGAGGAGACACGGGAAUGAUUUACUGAAUGAAAAUAUGAUUAGUUGAGGUAAUAUAAACGGAUAUCGUAUUUAAACCCAACCUGUUGGGAUCUGCACAAAGUUAUAUCUCGCGUUAUAGGUCAUUAGAAGAUGUUCAAUUCCCCGCUAACUAACCAACUAACUAACUAGUUCGAAUUCUUGAAGGUAGUUCAAUUAGCUAAGCCUAUUAGCUAACCAUGACCAGCAGACUUUUUAUUGCCAUAUCAAAUGCAUGGAAGCUAGUGGACUCUCAUUUUUGGCCGAACAGCAGAGUCGGGAGUCGGCAUAUAUUUGAUUUGCUUUUUAACUACUCCACGGAUAUUUAGUUGGCCAAAUUGCAACGAGAGAAAAAGUCAUAAACAGCUUGGAAAUAACAGCAGGGUUAACCGAGUAUACAUGUUUGUGUGCUAACAAUAUAUAGGUGUUGAUAAAGCAUGCAGUAUAUCAAGCAGAUCUGGGACUUCAGUUUAAUAUCUCAACCCAGCCUGAGAGCUCCAGGUGUUAAUUUAAAAGCCAAAGCCUGGUUACUCAUCGAGGUUAUCCUUGAGCUGCUGGAACAUGGCGAUAUUCACGGCAGGCGCUUCUUCCUUGGUAAUAUCCGGGUUGACCUCGAUAUCAGCGGUAGCCCAUACUCUAUGGGAGUUUUUCUGAGCUGCUUCUCUGAGAGUUUUAUCGGUUGCAUUGAAUUGAGCUGGAGUUUGAUACGGCGAAGAGUCUUUCCAUCCUUCUUGAGCUCCUCUCCCCAGUCCAACCUCACUCCUAACCUCCUGUCAUCGAUUUGAUUUCUAGGGGGGGUUGCCCGAG